AUGCCGACCAUCCACGAAAUGGAAUCAUUCAUCAACUGGGACGGCAUCGACCCAGCCUCCAUGCCAGGUACUCGCCAUCCCAACGACCUGGAUCUGGCCCUGGAGAAUGCCGCCGAUGAUGACUUUGCCAGCUGGGCCCUGCAGCACUACGAACAAAACAACCCGCUUGGCCUCGGGGAAACAACAACGGCCGGCGAUUCCAUCGUGGCCUUUGAAGACUCGUUUGAUAUGCCAUCCUCCCCUUGCAACCACUGCCAGGCCAAUGGUUAUCAGUGCAAGCGCAUCCGUGAGGGUAGCUACAAGGGAUAUUGCACAGGCUGUGUGGCCCUGAAUCGAGUCUGUAGCCUCGGACUGGUGGAUCAACCUGCUGCACCCUCUCGGAACCCAGGUUCGACCACCUCCGUCGAAGAGCAAGACCGACCUUCUACUCCUGCUCCUCCCAUUACACUCGCCGCCACCAAGGUCAAUAACCGCUUCUCGCGCGAGUCCAUCAAGAUCCUCAAGAACUGGCUCUCCAUCCACCAAAAACACCCAUACCCCAACGAUGAAGAGAAGGAAAUGCUGCAAAAGCAGACAGGCUUGAGCAAGACCCAGAUCACGGGCUGGCUGGCCAAUGCCCGUCGCAGAAGAGGCAAGGCUAUGGGUGCCCCUCGGUCCAUCUCUCCCGGUGUACGGAGCUUGUCCACCAAUAUGGACAUACCCCAGAGACGUCCUCAAUUAGAGCUCUUGAACCCGCUCCAACGUUGGCAGGUCUCUCCUCCAGAACACGAACCCGCCUCGGUGACUGCCAUUGCCCGUGCCGUUACUGCCUCCGCCACUACGCUUUCAUCCGGUAGUCCACACAGCAACAACUUCAAUUUGACCGACGAUGGCUCCAACAGAUCCUUGUGUGCCGCCUCCUCGGCCAGCAGUUUCAACACGUCCAUCUCCAGUGGCCUUUCAUUCGCCUCCGCAUACUCGUACGGAACUCAUGACUCCCUUGGCUCGUAUGGGUCGUCUAUGAACCGUGGCCGGAGGCGAAGAAGGAGAAAGGCAGCACCAGUGCCGUCAGAGAAAAGAAACUCUCUCUCUGCGCCUCUCAAGACCUUUCAGUGUACUUUCUGUACAGAGACUUUCAGGACCAAGCACGACUGGCAAAGACAUGAAAAGUCCCUGCACCUGUCUCUCGAGAGAUGGGUAUGUGCUCCUGAAGGCCCUCGGGCAUCCAACCCCGAGAAUGGCCAAGUGUCCUGUGUCUUCUGUGGAGAGGCAAACCCGGAUGAAGCUCAUAUCGAGACUCACAACUACUCCAUCUGCCAGGAGAAAACCCAGGAAGAGCGCACUUUCUACCGCAAGGACCAUCUCCGUCAGCACCUGAAACUGGUUCACGAUGUCAAGUUUGUGAACUGGUCCAUGGAGCAGUGGAAAGCCACUACGCCCGAGAUUCGGUCCCGAUGUGGUUUCUGUGGCAUCGUCAUGGACACUUGGAGCAUUCGUGUCGACCACCUGGCGGAGCACUUCAAAGCUGGUCAGACAAUGGCCGAAUGGAAGGGUGACUGGGGUUUCGACACUCCAGUUCUCGAGAUGGUCGAGAACGCCAUCCCACCAUACCUGAUCCACGACGACAGAAACUCGCCAAAUCCAUACACAGCGACUCAAGAACCUUCGGAAACAGCUCGCAACGCCUACGAGUUGAUCAAGAGCGAGCUGAUGUAUUAUCUCACCAAGGAGCGCGACAUCAUGGGCAGGCUGCCUACAGAUGAAGAGCUCCAAGUCGAGGCAUGCAGAAUCAUCUACGCAGCCGAGCUUCAGUCUAACCAGAGCGAAACCGCUAUCCCGUCCUGGCUACGAGACUUGCUUCUUUCUUCCGAGCCGUUGGCCCUGCAGGCAAGGAUGGGACCUAUCAGAUCGGCAAACGAGAGCCGUCAAGCAGUUCUGCGUAUCAACGGCAAGAGCAACAUCUUUGAGGAGGAUCCGAUGGAGAACGAGCUCCACGAGUAUGUCAAGGCUCGUCGGUUACUCGGCUUAACCGCCAUGGAUAGCGAGUUGCAGUAUGAGGCCUGCAACAUUAUCGGUCGCAUGGAAGAGUCGUCCAGCCAUCCCUCUGAAGACGUCGCCAAUUUUCUGCUGCGUCUCAUUUACGCAUCUACAAGCUGGCUCGCCGACUUUCGGCAGCGGGCUGUCUUGCCACGAUCGGAAGAUGUCGGAGAUGAGGCAAGGCGCUCCACAGAUCCCUCCAAGAUCGAUUCGACUAUCCAUAACUACAGUCGCCUCGAGAGGGAGCUGGCCGAGUUUUUGCACCUGCAACGCUCGAUGGGCAUAGAGCCCACUGAUAUGGACCUACAAACCAAAGCCCGUAUCAUUAUCUACGAGUGUGACGACUGCUGGAACCAGACGGCUGCCGAUAACAGUGACUGGCUCGCAGCGUUUAAACAGCGACAUGUGUCUCCAGAAGCCAGCGCAGUAGCUUUGGCCACAUGCGAGCCAUUGACCAUCUCAUCGGUGUCCCGAAAAGGCUUCACCCCGUCGAUGGACAUGGCCACAUGGAUGGGCAGCAGCUGCUUUAAUGGUCCCCGGAAUACUUCACUGGGAAGCAUAGGUACUCCAACCUUUAAUAUCGCAGCAGGUGUAGACGGACACAUAGGCAAACCCAACAACGCGGUCAAGAUUGGGCCGUACUUCUUCAACGACGCCAACUGCUACCGCAGGCUGGCUCGCGAGUUGGGCGCAUACGUGGCAGCAAUCACGUCACCAAACUCCCCAGACUGUCACAUUCCCAGUGAUGAAGAACUCCAACGCCAAGCGCGUUGGAUCUUGUAUCAAGAUGACGACCCCUGGAACCAAACCGCAGCCGACAACGCCGAGUGGCUCCGCCGCUUCAAGCGCGACGUCGGCCUCCUCACCGACGCCUCUCUGCCAGGCUUGCCCGAAUGUACUCAAUGGAGCGCCACCCAAGGUGGGUCCGGCUUCGAACCACCUUACUUGUUCCCGAACCUGCACGCCCAAGCCACGACGGUGGAAACGGACAUCCCCAUCCAGAUGAAAGAAGCCAAACGCAUGUUUGUCGCGGAAAAAGAGACGGCCAACAAGUUCGUGAGGGGAUUCAAGACCAGAUGGCAGAGACCUGCGGUGGUGUUUUGCUCCCGGGAGUUGGAAAAGGGGUUGGUGAAGUUUGUUACGACUUGUGUGAGGGGGGGCAAUGAUGGCAGCGGGGGAGGUGGAGGGGCUGCGAGAGGCAUGUUCCCGAGUGAUGAAGCUAUUCGCGCCAAGGCGAGGGAGAUCCAAAAGCUGAGUACCACGUCGGCGGACGAUGUUGUGCUACUGGAGAAGUUCAAAAACAUGAUGAGGGAGAGGCUGGGGUUGAUGCCAACUUCUUCUUCUUCCUCUCUAGGGUCUACGCCGGAUUUUUCAUCGAGCGUGGGUGCUACUGGCAUGGGACUGAUGCAGCAGUCUUCGUCGUCCGUUGGCACUUCGACGGUGCCGUCGCCGGUCACGGCUGCUGGGUUCACUACUGCUGGCACCACCACUACCACCACCACCAGUCCUGGUAUGGGCAUGAGUAUGGAUUUGGGCCUUGCUGACAUGGCCAAUAUGAGCAACAUGGGGGUAACCAUGGGCAUGACGAACCUGACGGAUUGGUCUUCAUCAUCCACGGGCAUGAUGACGGGGCUAGGAACGAGCAUGGAUGCUUCCUGUACAAACAUGGGCAUGGGCAUGAGUAUGGACAUGAAUCUCGACAUGACGAACACGAGCAUGAGUAUGAUGAGUAUGAGUACAAGCAUGCCCAUGACGCAUAUGGGUAUGCUGGCAGGAGGAGGGGGAGGAGGUGGUGGUGGUGGACAAGAUGACCACAACAUGAUGAUGAUGAUGAUGUUUCCGGGAAAUGAGAUGGACGAUCUGCUACAGGAUUCCAACUUUGGUUUCUCUUCCAACGACGAUGAUUUGGCAGUCAUGGGAGGAAUCGGCCAGUUAUAA